CGCGGAGAUCGUUGCCGCUGUUCCCUUCUUCGUUGCAGGAGGAGCGACCUGAAGCGGCCUCCCAUUGACGCCUGCCGCAAGAUGCCCGCCGCUUGGCGCCACUUUGUUCCGACGUCGUGUCGAGCAGAUCAGAGAGGCAGUGGCACUGGCAGUCUCUCUCAGCCACCUUUGACUUACGCACCGGUCAAAGGACGGACGCCAAGCUGAGCGAGGAGCGCCCCGGCCGCUCGCGUGUCUCGACUUCUUCUCGAGUGACGCGUUUCCGCCGUCUUGGCUCCGCCGAGGCUCUUCGUCUGACUUGAUGGCGUCCAGCAGUGCAGAAGCGCCCUCGUUCCUUCCCUAUCUUCCCGCCAACACUUCAUCUAGCCCCAAUCAGGUCAGUCACCACAGAUGGUAUGCCACAUCUUGCGACAGCGCUCGCACCGCAUCACUGUGUCUGCGUGUUGUCUGGGUGUUUUGUGUGGUCAGGUGGCGGGAUCCCCGACCCCCAGCAGUUUCCUGCUGGCGGACCGCUUCUCGCCCGGCAUGACGGCGGGCAUGGCUGAGACGCCUCUGGCACUUCUGGAGCCGUCAGCCGUCACCUCACACACGAGCGGGAGCGAUGCGAUGCCGCCGACGUCCCAGCCCCCUCUGUACUCCCCCGUGCUGUCGGGCAGUGGUGGUGGUGCUGGCAAGACGGCGAGUGGCCUGACGUGGGAGAGUGUGUGGACGUGCAACCCCAGCCCGCAGGACAGCGACAGGGGCAGCCUCCUGUCCGCACAGAUGCCAAAGGGGGUCGUCACGCCGUUCCUCGACUGCCCAGACACAGACCACAAGGACGACACGGUCGCUCAGACCCUUCCCAGCCACCCCUUCGCUGACAACAGCGCCACCACCACCAGCAACAGCACCGAUCGCACGAGCGGGUCCUUUGCAGACAGCUCCGAUCGGACGGCGGCUGUGGGUGGGGGAGAGGAGGUCAGCCGCCAUGAGGCGGCGGAGCAGCCGCGUGUGGACUCUCCUGCUGUGCAAGUAGAGGUGGUGGAGGGGAACUACCACCAGCAGCAGCAGCAGCAGCAACACAACACCGACCAGAAUGCUCCUUCUUUCCAGCAGCACGACAACCAGCAGCCGCAGGGUAAUGGUCUGCAGCAUAUCCAACAACAGCAACAACAGCAGCCAGGGCAGCAACAGCAGCAGCAGCAGCAGCAGGCGGCGGCGGCGGCGGGGGAUCAGAGUACCACCGGAGUGGCGGCCGUGGCUCUGAAGAAUGCAGUGGGGCCGCACACGCUGACGCCCCAGGUGAUAAGUGAGCUCAUGAAGCUGCCCAGGACCAAGACGGGCGAAAUCAUGAGCGUCGGAUCCCUUCUGCACGAACGAGGUCAGCGGGAGGAACAAGGCAGGCAAGACGGGCUGUGCUGUCAUGGUAUCUCUCUUGUUCGUGUCAGGCUUGUGCAAGCCGUGUGUGUUUGUGUCCAAGAAGGGCUGUGCCAACGGGAUGCGGUGCCUCUUCUGCCACUUCGAACACGAGGCCAAGCGCCGAAACAGAUCCCGCCAAGACCCGGACCACCCCGCCAACCGAGCUGCCGCCAUGGCUGCUGCGGCCGCCGCCGUCAAACCUACACCAACCACACCCACCACCGCCACCUCUAGCACCAUUGCCAACACGGCCACUAGCACCAGUCGGCUGUCUGCCAACGCAGCCAACUUCCAGCCAAACCCGGCCGGCACCACACAGCUGUUCCUCGAGUUGGCAUUGCCCCAGGAGCAGCGGCAGGAGCAACGACAGGGCUACUCGCCCGACAGCACACUGUGCCGCUCGCCGUGGCAGGACAACAACAUUACCAGCAGCAUCAACAAGACCAACACCAGUCCCAACCCCCACCAGAUGCACCACCUGGCCAGCCACGGCCACAGCCACAGCCCGGCGGGUAGCUACGGCGGCAGCAGCAGCUACACCCACACACAGAGCCAGCCCACCUACAUGCAGUCCCCCGACCCCUUCGCCACCCAGCAUCCCUCACCGGGCGCCAGCAGCAUGCCCGACCAACCGCCAGCGCGGUCCCCUCUCCGUCCAUUACCUCACCGAGUGCUCAACAGGCCCCUGGCGCGGCCGAACAGGCCUGCUGGUGCUGCACCGACACGGCCACCGGUGGUACUCCGGGUGGGGGCGGGCGUCCUCCCUACCCCGGCGGCGGCGGGCGUCCUCCCUGCCCCGGCUGCGGCGGGCGUCCUCCCUACCCCGGCUGCGGCGGAGCGAGGGGUGAGGGAGGAUCCCGCCCGCCGCUCGCCGGUGUCACCGGCUGCCCAGCCGGAUCGUGCGACAAUGCCGCCCCCGUACGAGGACAACGGGUUUGCCAAGGACAAUGGGCGGGGCCGGCGGCUGUGGAAGAGGUCACCUGCAACAGUGACACUUGUCAUGAAAGGCCGUCGCCGGCAGGACCAGGGCUUGAACCAGAACCAGACCCAGAACCCACCCAGCACCACCAGCAAGACCAACACGCCAGAGGGGGGAGAGCGAGAGGGGAAGGGCGUCUUCCUGUCACUCGUGGACCUCAUUGACGGCAAGGGCGCGACAGAAGCCGCCACUGUCAAGGGGGAGGAUGCCAAGACGUCGCUGUCGGGCUCAUUCCGUCCUGCAGACACCUCGUCGUCGGCCAUCGCAGCUGCUGAGGCCGGGACGGAGGGCAACACGGCAGCCGACAAACACGCCGCUAUCGCAAUCGUGGGGCCAGCCACCGACGGCCAGGCUACUGCCGACUCCCAGCAGGAGGGUGCGGGCAGCGAUGCGGUGUCUGCCUCUCCCCAGGACACCAUGUCUUAUCUCAAGGAGCUCAUCGGCAGCGACCCCCAGGCCACGGCACUCCUGUCCUCUCUUGUCGACCUGCUGUCCACCAACCCAUCCACCCCGACCGAGGCAGGGGCGGACAAGAACAGCCCCCAACAGCAGCAGCAGCAGCAGCCAGAGACACCGCAAGGGACGGAUCGGUCUGCUUCCCGCAUGCCCCAGGAAGAAGAGUCGGUGCCCCGUUUCCGCGCCACCCUCAAUCCCCACGCUGCCAGCUUCUUCGGCGGUCGUGAGCAGCACGUCAUCCUCACAUCACACACACCGCCGCAGACCACCACCGCACCCCAACCCAAGACCACUGAAGGUGCCGGCAGCAGCAGCAGCACCAAGUGGCGCACGGAUGUCGAUGGGGCCAGUGCGUCGCGAGGGCAGCGGGCCUACCAGGACUCCUCCGCCCAUCCGUCGGCCGAUGGGUCUAUGUCGUCCCUCAUGGCUGAGGCCAAGAGCGGCCGGCCGGGGCUGCUCACGCUCUCCGAGCAGGCACACGAGCUCCUCAGAGGCCUCGAGGGCGCCAGCACAGCCACGCCGGCCAACGGGGCGGCGCCAGCACGGCCCUCGCCGGAGAGCAAUCGCACGACGAACAAUCGCAACAGCCGCGACAAUGGGCAGCUCGACGUGGCGGGAUCAGUGACAUCGGCAUCAUCGCAGGGCAGCGGCGGUGGCAAUGUGGGUGGUGCGGCGGGGAGUUCGCAAGUGGGUCCCACCACUGGGCUGUCUUAUGAGCAGCUGAGGAACUUGAAGGAGUACCAUGAGCAGCAACUGGAGGCCAUCAACGCACAGCUGCAGCGGUGAGUCACCACACACAGACAAACCGAUAGACAAGCCUUCGACUAAACGAUUCAUGUCUUUUGUGUGUGAUGUUUGUCUGCCUGUUCUUUCUUCUGCAGCUACCAGGCCCCUCCCCCGCCGCCCCCUCCUCCACCCCCUCCCCCACCACCGCCCGUAUCAGAGCUGCUCAGGCGUCCUCCAUGGUCGUCCUCCCAGCCCCAGCAAGUGUCCGGCAAGCAGCGGCCCAUCCAGGGGUCAGAGCACAAGAGCGGCAGUGGGGGCGUCGGCACCGUCCACUCACACGCACAGCUUCACGCGCUGCUCGACCAGCUCAUCCAGAGCCACCAAGACAAUCAGGCGGCCAGUGGCAAGGACGAUACCACCACCACCCUGGCGAGGGACUCCGACGUCCAGUUCGUGUCGCCCGUGUCGCAGAGCAAGUCGCCUGAUGACAACGACACGGCGUCGAACGAGCAGUUCCUAUCGCCGCUCCCCCACACCACAUCGCGCGCCAAGCCCGACACCGGCAAGACCAAACUGUGCCUGGAUCGACUGCUCGACGGACGGCUGGCCGACGAGGGCGCGGGAAACCAUCACGGGGGCGGCGAGAAUGAGAUGUCGCCCGCCACCAAGGGCGUACUCGACGGCCUCUUCGCCUCCGUGGGCGGCAAGGGGGAGGUGGGCGUUGGUGAGCAGGAGCAGCAUCAGCAGCAGCAGCAGCAGCAGGGGGAGCAGCAGGGGCAUGUGGGUGUGUGUGAGGAUACGAACGUGUUGCCGCUGGAGAAGCUGACGGUGGACCUGCUGUCGAAGCUGCCCCAGGACCGCGACGGCAACAUCCUCUCGGUGGGAUCCAUCCACCACCAUUCAGGUGCGCCACGACACGACACGAUACCACACACGAGAAAAGCCCCCCGUGCGGUGGGGUGCGGCAUGGCAUGGAUGAUAUGAUCUCGUGUGUGCCUGCCUUGUUUCCGGCUCACCUGUAGGUCUGUGCACCCCCUGUGAUUCGGCCAAGGAGUGCCCCAAGGGCAUCCGCUGUCUCUACUGCCACUUCGACGAGUGCAGCAACACCAACACCGCCGCGACGGCAGACCCCCGCCCCCACGACCCAGACAGAUUGCUGCAGAUCGCAGUGUCCAGGGGUGUGAGCCCGUCCAUCGCAGCGGCCGCCGCCAUGGUACCCCUCCCGACACAGCAGCGCCCCGACGGCCGUUGAAGCCGGCACGAUGGCACCGGCAGCGGCGGCGAUGACGAACUGCCGAAAGAGGAGUCGCCCUCACGCAACCAGUGAGGCCGCCAGGCAGGGAGCGAGGGAGGGACAGAGAGAGAGGGAGGGAGGGAGGGUCUGCUGACAGUACGGUAGUGGUAGAUGAUCUCAGCUGACAUCGGCCUUCUUAGCGAGUGCCGGCCGGCCGGCCGGGUGGCUGCAUCAAACAAACGUUUCGCAACUCGUUUUUCCUUUCUCGGCGGCCCUGCUAGGCUGUGCUGUGGUGUGCUGUGCUCGGCAGCCAGCCAGCGUGUUGUGGGUUUUCUUCGGCUGUCUCUCUGCCCGUCUGCCUGUGGGGGCUGGCGGGUCGGGUGGCGUUUCCUUUUCUGUUUUCUUUCCUGUGCGUCUCGUCUGUCUGUCUGUCUGUCUGAUGGAUGGAUGGAUGGCCUACCUGCCUGCCUGCCUGCGUGAGAGGGUGAGUGGGUGUUGUGUACAGGCAGGCAGCUGCGCAGGCAGGCAGACAGACGGACAGACCGGCGAAAACGAAAGGGGAACGGAGUGGGGAACGUGUCAAGCAUCCAUCAUUGGACCGAUCAACGAAUGGCUGAUACCCAUGCCUAGGUGCACAUACGCAUGCCCAUCUAUCUCUGUGCGGGUGUGCGGGUGUGUGGAUGGAUGGAUGGAUGGCUGCGGUCAGUGCCUAGUGGCUGGCUGCAUCGAGGCGGGAAUGCGUGUAUGUGCCGACUAAUUAAUUAAGGGAGGAAGGAAACAAGGGUCUAGUCUACCUUUCUGUCUGUCUACAUACAAAGCCGAUGUAGCCAAUAUAUAUGCGAGGGAGCUGCAGCAAACCAGGGAGGCAUGGGAGGGAGGGAGGGGAGGGAGGGAGGGGAGGGCUCGUGUUUUGGACGAAUCCUUUUUCGGCUUGCAUGGAUGUGCACGUUGGAUGGAUGGAUGGAUGGCUUGGCGAGGGGUGUGGGGUGGAGUCGAUGGUAUGGUUUAUAGAGAGAGAGGGCGGCUGGCUGUGGCUGCAGUUCGCAAAGGCGAUCGAUCUCUUUUCGGCUGUGUUGUGUUGUGUACGCUAUGUAUGCUGGGCCUGUCUGUCUUUUGUGUGCAUAAUUAACGAACGACUGACUGACUGAUUGACACAUCAAUGGAUCAAUCAAGGACUGACUGACAGGAAGGCAGGCCUCUCCUGUCGUCUCGUCUCGUCUCGUCUCGUCUCGUCUCCCUCUCUAGCGAAAAGGCCUGUAUACCGACACACCGACCUGCCUGCUACUUUUCUUUCGAUGCAUGCCGGUCAAAGGGCGGUGUGCGCGUUAUGAGUGAGAAUGAUGGAUGAUGGCGAUAUUGACAGAAAGUGAGUGCAUGGAUGGCAUGACGCGCAGCGAAAACACUGCGCCGCUCUUUUGUUACAUAACAAACAAUACAUUCGGCCCGGGGGUGGGUGGGGGUGAGGGGAAGGGGAAACAGGGGAGGGAGGGGGGAGCCUGGCGAACGCAGUGCAGCCAGCCAGCUGCGUCGAUGGGGUCGGAAAGAGAUCCACAAGACGUAUAAUAAGCAGCCAGCCAGGGAGGGAGCCAGGGAGGGAGGGAGGGAGGCGGGCAAAGGUGACACUACCCACUUGCAAGCUGAUUUGUACCAGAGGGCAUUAUGCCUUUUGCCUCACAGACAGAAAGCCCACUGGCAGACAUAUUUACGUGAGGGAGGGAGGGAGGGAGGGAGUGAGGGGUCCCUAUUCCUUCUUCCUUCCUGCAUGUGCCUUCAGUGCCCUCCUUCUGUCGCUCUCUCGAUUGCAUGUGCGUGACUCGAUUGCAUCCACGUCAUUCAUGUCAGCCAAAGGCACACACACACAAAGCAACCAGCCCCAAUCGUUUCUUCUCUGUUGCUGUUCAAUCCAUGGGGAACGGGUCAGCUGUUGCGGUGCGGCCCCUCCUCUCUGUGCCCAUCACUGUCUGCCGUGAUCUGUCUUGUCUGUCUGACCUGCUGCCCAAGGCCGUAUGGCCGGGUCUUGUGUGUGUUGCGUGUCUGUCUGUCUGUCUGUCUGUCUGCAUGUCGCAAUUCGAGACACUGACUGAUAUCAGUGCCGCGUGUGUGGUGGAAGGAAGGAUGGAUGGAUGGGAUGGACGGACAAGGAGAACGGUGGCUAUGACGGAUCGAUUCGAUGCAUCCAGUGGCAUCGACACUGCCUGUCAGUCAGUGAGAAUGAGUGGGUGGAUCGGCCGCAUAGCAUAUAUGGGCGGCGCGUGUCGUGUCGUGUCGUAUCGGUGUCCGGACACGUAAUUCAAUGUUGAAAAACAACACUAGCAUUCAAGUCGCCCUGCCGCUUGCCAAUGCCCGUCAGAAACGAGUCAGUUGUUCAACCGAAUCUUCUCACGAUGAUGACUUUGUGUGUUG